GCUGCUGCCAGCUGGCCUGUCCUGGACGCAGCAUAACUAACGAAGCUGCUGCAGGAUGAGAAGAUGGCAGGGCGGCUGCUCGCACCACCAGGCCCUGAUAGUUUCAAGCCUUUCACCCCCGAGUCGCUGGCAAACAUCGAGAGGCGCAUUGCCGAGAGCAAGCUCAAGAAACCACCAAAGGGAGAUGGCAGCCACCGGGACGACGAUGAGGACAGCAAGCCCAAGCCCAACAGUGACCUGGAAGCCGGGAAGAGUUUGCCUUUCAUCUAUGGGGACAUCCCACAAGGCCUGGUCGCUGUUCCCCUGGAGGACUUUGACCCAUACUAUUUGACGCAGAAAACCUUUGUAGUAUUAAACAGAGGGAAAACUCUCUUCAGAUUUAGUGCCACGCCUGCCUUGUAUAUUUUAAGUCCUUUUAACCUGAUAAGAAGAAUAGCUAUUAAAAUUUUGAUACAUUCAGUAUUUAGCAUGAUCAUUAUGUGCACUAUUUUGACCAACUGUGUAUUCAUGACUUUUAGUAACCCUCCCGACUGGUCGAAGAAUGUGGAGUACACAUUCACAGGGAUUUAUACAUUUGAAUCACUAGUUAAAAUCAUUGCAAGAGGUUUCUGCAUAGAUGGCUUCACCUUUUUACGGGAUCCAUGGAACUGGUUAGAUUUCAGUGUCAUCAUGAUGGCAUAUGUGACAGAGUUUGUGGACCUGGGCAAUGUCUCAGCGCUGAGAACAUUCAGGGUUCUCCGAGCUUUGAAAACUAUCUCUGUAAUUCCAGGCCUGAAGACCAUCGUGGGCGCCCUGAUUCAGUCCGUGAAGAAGCUGUCAGAUGUGAUGAUCCUGACAGUGUUCUGCCUGAGUGUUUUCGCCUUGAUCGGCCUGCAGCUGUUCAUGGGCAACCUGCGGAACAAGUGUGUGGUGUGGCCCAUCAACUUCAAUGACAGCUACCUCGAGAACGGCACCCGGGGCUUCGACUGGGACGAGUAUAUCAACAAUAAAACAAAUUUUUACACAGUUCCUGGAAUGCUAGAACCUCUACUCUGUGGGAACAGUUCUGAUGCUGGGCAAUGCCCAGAGGGAUACCAAUGUAUGAAAGCAGGAAGGAAUCCCAACUAUGGUUACACAAGCUUUGACACUUUCAGCUGGGCCUUCUUGGCAUUAUUUCGCCUUAUGACCCAGGACUAUUGGGAAAACUUAUAUCAAUUGACUUUACGAGCAGCUGGAAAAACGUACAUGAUCUUCUUCGUCUUGGUCAUCUUUGUGGGUUCUUUCUAUUUGGUGAACUUGAUCUUGGCUGUGGUAGCCAUGGCUUAUGAAGAGCAGAAUCAGGCAACACUGGAGGAGGCAGAGCAGAAAGAGGCUGAAUUCAAAGCAAUGUUGGAGCAGCUUAAGAAGCAACAGGAAGAGGCACAGGCUGCUGCGAUGGCCACUUCAGCAGGAACUGUCUCAGAAGAUGCCAUCGAGGAAGAAGGUGAAGAAGAGGGAGGCUCACCUAGGAGCUCCUCGGAAAUGUCUAAGCUCAGUUCCAAGAGUGCGAAGGAAAGACGGAACCGGAGGAGGAAGAGGAAGCAAAAGGAACUCUCUGAAGGAGAGGAGAAAGGGGAUCCUGAGAAGGUGUUUAAGUCCGAGUCAGAAGAUGGUAUGAGGAGGAAGGGCUUUCGGCUGCCAGACAACAGGAUCGGGAGGAAAUUUUCCAUCAUGAAUCAGAGGCAGGGCAGCCGCUCCUCGCGCAUCUUCCCCAGCCUGCGGCGCAGCGUGAAGCGCAACAGCACCGUGGACUGCAACGGCGUGGUGUCCCUCAUCGGCGGCCCCGGCUCCCACAUCGGCGGGCGGCUCCUGCCAGAGGGUACAACUGAAGUGGAAAUUAAGAAGAAAGGUCCUGGAUCUCUCUUAGUUUCCAUGGAGCAACUGGCCUCCUAUGGGCGGAAGGACAGGAUAAACAGUAUACUGAGUGUUGUUACAAAUACACUAGUAGAAGAGCUGGAAGAGUCCCAGAGGAAGUGCCCGCCGUGCUGGUAUAAAUUCGCCAAUACGUUCCUCAUCUGGGAGUGUCACCCCUACUGGAUAAAACUGAAAGAGAUUGUGAACUUGAUCGUGAUGGACCCUUUUGUGGACUUGGCCAUCACCAUCUGCAUCGUCCUGAAUACACUGUUCAUGGCGAUGGAGCACCAUCCUAUGACGCCACAGUUCGAACAUGUCUUGUCUGUGGGGAAUCUGGUUUUCACUGGAAUUUUCACAGCGGAAAUGUUUCUGAAGCUCAUAGCCAUGGAUCCCUACUAUUAUUUCCAAGAAGGCUGGAACAUUUUUGACGGAUUUAUUGUCUCCCUCAGUUUAAUGGAACUGAGUCUAGCAGAUGUGGAGGGGCUUUCGGUGCUGCGAUCUUUCCGAUUGCUCCGAGUCUUCAAAUUGGCCAAAUCCUGGCCCACCCUGAACAUGCUGAUUAAGAUUAUUGGAAAUUCAGUUGGUGCCCUGGGCAACCUGACCCUGGUGCUGGCCAUUAUUGUCUUCAUCUUUGCUGUGGUGGGGAUGCAACUCUUUGGAAAGAGCUACAAAGAGUGUGUCUGCAAGAUCAACCAGGACUGUGAACUCCCUCGGUGGCACAUGCAUGACUUUUUUCAUUCCUUCCUCAUUGUCUUUCGAGUGUUGUGCGGGGAGUGGAUCGAGACCAUGUGGGACUGCAUGGAGGUGGCAGGCCAGGCCAUGUGCCUCAUCGUCUUCAUGAUGGUCAUGGUUAUUGGCAACUUGGUGGUGCUGAACCUGUUUCUGGCCUUGCUCCUGAGCUCCUUCAGUGCAGACAAUCUGGCAGCCACGGAUGAUGAUGGGGAAAUGAACAACCUACAGAUCUCAGUCAUCCGUAUCAAGAAGGGUGUGGCUUGGACCAAAGUGAAAGUGCACGCCUUCAUGCAGGCCCACUUCAAGCAGCGCGAGGCCGAUGAAGUGAAACCUCUGGACGAGAUGUAUGAUAAGAAGGCCAACUGCAUCGCCAACCACACUGGUGCAGACAUCCACCGGAAUGGUGACUUCCAGAAGAAUGGCAAUGGCACCACCAGUGGCAUUGGCAGCAGCGUGGAGAAGUACAUUAUUGAUGAGGACCACAUGUCCUUCAUCAACAAUCCUAACUUAACCGUGCGGGUGCCCAUUGCCGUAGGCGAGUCCGAUUUUGAGAACGUCAACACAGAGGACGUUAGCAGCGAAUCAGAUCCUGACGGCAGCAAAGAUAAACUGGAUGAUACUAGCUCCUCUGAAGGAAGUACCAUUGAUAUCAAGCCAGAAGUAGAAGAGGUCCCAGUGGAACAGCCUGAGGAAUACUUGGACCCAGAAGCUUGCUUCACAGAAGGUUGUGUCCGGCGAUUCAAGUGCUGCACUGUCAACAUCGAAGAAGGCCUAGGCAAGUCUUGGUGGAUCCUGCGGAAAACGUGCUUCCUCAUUGUAGAGCACAAUUGGUUUGAGACCUUCAUCAUCUUCAUGAUUCUGCUCAGCAGUGGCGCCCUGGCCUUCGAGGACAUCUACAUUGAGCAGAGGAGGACCAUCCGGACCGUGCUGGAGUACGCCGACAAAGUCUUCACCUACAUCUUCAUCCUGGAGAUGCUGCUCAAGUGGACAGCCUACGGUUUCGUCAAGUUCUUCACCAAUGCCUGGUGCUGGCUGGACUUCCUCAUUGUGGCUGUCUCUUUAGUCAGCCUUGUAGCUAAUGCCCUGGGCUACUCGGAACUAGGUGCCAUAAAGUCCCUUAGGACCCUAAGAGCUUUGAGACCCUUAAGAGCCUUAUCACGAUUUGAAGGGAUGAGGGUGGUGGUGAAUGCCUUGGUGGGCGCCAUCCCCUCCAUCAUGAAUGUGCUGCUGGUGUGUCUCAUCUUCUGGCUGAUUUUCAGCAUCAUGGGCGUUAACCUGUUUGCGGGAAAGUACCACUACUGCUUUAAUGAGACUUCGGAAGAACGAUUUGAAAUUGAAAUUGUCAACAAUAAAACUGAUUGUGAAAAGCUCAUGGAGGGGAACAAUACAGAAAUCAGAUGGAAGAACGUGAAGAUCAACUUUGACAACGUUGGGGCAGGAUACCUGGCGCUUCUUCAGGUGGCAACCUUCAAAGGCUGGAUGGACAUCAUGUACGCAGCUGUAGAUUCCCGAAAGCCUGAAGAGCAGCCUAAGUAUGAGGACAACAUCUACAUGUACAUCUACUUUGUCAUCUUCAUCAUCUUCGGCUCCUUCUUCACCCUGAACCUGUUCAUUGGUGUCAUCAUUGAUAACUUCAAUCAACAAAAGAAAAAGUUUGGAGGUCAGGACAUCUUCAUGACUGAAGAACAGAAGAAGUACUACAAUGCCAUGAAAAAGCUGGGCUCGAAGAAACCACAGAAACCCAUUCCCCGCCCCCUGAACAAAAUCCAAGGUAUCGUCUUUGAUUUUGUCACUCAACAAGCCUUUGACAUUGUUAUCAUGAUGCUCAUCUGCCUUAACAUGGUGACAAUGAUGGUGGAGACAGACACUCAGAGCAAGCAGAUGGAGAACAUCCUCUACUGGAUUAACCUGGUCUUCGUCAUCUUCUUCACCUGUGAGUGUGUGCUCAAAAUGUUUGCCCUGAGGCACUACUACUUCACCAUUGGCUGGAACAUCUUCGACUUCGUGGUGGUCAUCCUCUCCAUUGUGGGAAUGUUCCUGGCGGAUAUAAUUGAGAAAUACUUUGUUUCCCCAACCCUAUUCCGAGUCAUCCGAUUGGCCCGUAUUGGGCGCAUCUUGCGUCUGAUCAAAGGCGCCAAAGGGAUUCGGACCCUGCUCUUUGCCUUAAUGAUGUCCUUGCCUGCUCUGUUCAACAUCGGCCUUCUGCUCUUCCUGGUCAUGUUCAUCUUCUCCAUCUUUGGGAUGUCCAAUUUUGCGUAUGUGAAGCACGAGGCUGGCAUUGAUGACAUGUUCAACUUUGAGACAUUUGGCAAUAGCAUGAUCUGCCUGUUCCAGAUCACAACCUCCGCUGGGUGGGAUGGCCUGCUGCUGCCCAUCCUCAACCGCCCCCCUGACUGCAGUCUGGACAAGGAGCACCCCGGGAGUGGCUUCAAGGGAGACUGCGGGAACCCCUCAGUGGGCAUCUUCUUCUUUGUAAGCUACAUCAUCAUCUCCUUCCUAAUUGUUGUGAACAUGUACAUUGCCAUCAUCUUGGAGAACUUCAGUGUAGCCACCGAGGAAAGUGCAGACCCUCUGAGUGAGGACGACUUUGAGACCUUCUACGAGAUCUGGGAGAAGUUCGACCCCGACGCCACCCAGUUCAUCGAGUACUGUAAGCUGGCAGACUUCGCAGAUGCCUUGGAGCAUCCUCUGCGAGUGCCCAAGCCCAACACCAUUGAGCUCAUUGCCAUGGAUCUGCCCAUGGUUAGCGGGGACCGCAUCCACUGCUUGGACAUCCUUUUUGCCUUCACCAAGCGGGUCCUGGGAGACAGCGGGGAGCUGGACAUCCUUCGACAGCAGAUGGAGGAGCGGUUCGUGGCAUCCAAUCCUUCCAAAGUGUCUUACGAGCCGAUCACGACCACACUGCGGCGCAAGCAGGAGGAGGUGUCGGCAGUGGUCCUGCAGCGCGCCUACCGGGGACAUUUAGCAAGGCGGGGCUUCAUUUGCAAAAAGAUAGCUUCCAACAAGCUGGAGAAUGGAGGCACACACCCGGAGAAGAAGGAGAGCACCCCGUCUACUGCCUCCCUCCCAUCCUAUGACAGUGUGACUAAACCUGAGAAGGAGAAACAGCAGCGGGCAGAGGAAGGAAGAAGGGAAAAAGCCAAAAGACAAAAAGAGGUCAGAGAAUCCAAGUGUUAGAGGAAAGCGAAAAUUUAAUAUUGUACAGACUUAAAAUGUGCAAGUGAAAGAUUGUUUACAAACUUCCUGAAUAUUAUCAGUGCAGAACAGCUGUGGAGACACUUUACCCUGACGAUCUAUACCAAACGUAGUCUGCUUACCAUGUCACAUGGUUGCAUCUUGAGCAGUGACCUGCCCAGGGCAAAGGACCCUGCCCCCUGACUCACAGAUUUUCUAACGCUUGGGCAGGUGGUUACUGCAUGUUCCACAUCAGUCAAUGCAACUUAGGACAAAACUAAACAGGACACAAAAACAGAGGAGAGGCUGCCGGGACCAGCAUAUUUCCCUUGCAGCCAAAUGGAUCUUAUUUUUUCAUUUUGUUGAUUCUCAGAAGCAGAAAGCAUCACUUUAAAAAGUUCGUUUGUUCAUGCAAACUAUAUUUGCAUUCCUACAUUAGUUAAGCUAAGCAGCAAAAGAAAACACACACACACACUCACACUCACAUUUAGCCCAUGUCAUUUAAUUGUCAGUUUCUUUGACAUAAACCGCAUCUUCUCCACAUGGGCUGCACGUGGUUUGGAGAUGGGUGGGGGCAAACAAUCAGGUUUCUUCAGGCUGAGGAGGACUUGCUCAGGCCGAUUCCAAACAUUGUGCUCGUUCAAUGCGUGGAAAUGAUUUGCAUGAUGGCAUGCCGUGAUCAGAAGUCAUGCAUGAGAACCAUACACCACAGGACGCUGCUCAUCCUGUCCCCUGCACUGGGUCAGCCUUCGAAUAGGACCCAGCCCUGCACCGUUCACUGUAUUUGGAAAAAAAAUGGUAAGAGUUCCAUACCCACCAUAAUUCUUUAUGAAUUCUUAGAAGCCUUUCAUACACCUGAUAGGGAAACAUAACCAACCAAUUGACCACGUCCAACAAAAACAAACCCAAUCCAACAAGCAGAUGGAUCCGUGUGUGUAUAUGUUUAACAGACAUCUCUUACAGCCAUUGUUGCACAUUUUGAAAGAUGAACUGUUUAAUGCUGCUCUGUGUCCCGUACGUGGGGAAAUUUUGAUCUCAAAUGGCUUGUAUUAAUAAUGUCACUGUAAAACCAAAUCCUAGGGCUAAAAACAAAAAUCAGAAGUUCAUCUAGAGAACUGACAUUUAUUUGGGAUAGAGGUAAACAUGCUAUUCAAAGUAGUAUGUUAUCUCUAGGGGGUAAUUUGGGGAACUUACAACACCUUUCGUUGGGGGUGAAGGGUGCUCACUUCAUCUGGUAUCACGUCCUUCUGCAUGUGGCUUCCUCUGGGCUCGGGUCCACGCGGAGAGGGGUUCAGACGUUCUGAACAGGCCUCCCUUCUGCAGAGGGGUUGUCCCAAGCUCACACACUGCAUGAUUCCUCUCACCUCCCUCACAUUUUCCACCGAGCAGGGCUUCCCUUGCCCACAGAGGUGGGUGAGGGCAGCAGCACUGGGGCUAUGGCUGUGGUUUCUUUCACGUCCUGUUAGAAUAACUCAUCGCUGGUGGGAUCUGAGGUAGUGAUGGCGCCUCCUCUGAACCAGGCCCACUUGGGUUCUUUAUUGCACUGAUUCUCACGAGAAAACAACUUAGUAUUUAUUCUUAAGAUGUUCCAGCUUCCCCCAGCGCAUUCCCUUCCAGCCAGUUUUGCUAUCUGCUUAGCAACCUGCUCAUUGCCAUUGGAGAGUGGCUUUUGUGGGGAGCGUCCUCUCUCUCAUUCCAUCUCCUGCUUUAGGGAAGACAGUUUUUAGUAGCCCAGGGGUUUCUUGUCUGAUGACUAGAUUUUAAAGCCAAGAUGCUGCAGUUGAAUGUGUCAGGAAGUCUAUACAAAGAAUGAGGAGAGACUUUCGCUUGCUAACCAAAUCAAAAUGAAUUUUCCCUGAACCUUAUAACCGAGGGGGGAAAAGAACCCAUAAUCAGACACACCAAUCUGCCUUGCAGUAGACGCACUUUGGAUGUAUGUCCACCUGACUAGUUUGGCGUAGAACAAACCACAGCGAGCCGGGAAGCAGAGCUUUCUGUCUUGCUGGACCAUUAGAUGCGGGCCAGCUCGCGUAAGCCUGCUUCUGUGGCACCACCGUGGAACUUUCGUACUACGCCCAAUACGAGGUUGAAAAGGCAUCUCUUUAGGUGACGCUGCUAACCGCUAGGAUGAAUGCAUAGUAUCGUGUACAGGUUACAUCGUAAACAGCACAAAACAGAAGCUGACGUGUGUGGUUAUUCUUUUUAAGAGAAUUAUAAAUACUGUAAUAUAUCAUUUUAUUUUAUUGGCAUGCCUUUUUGUAAAUACACAAUUAUUAACGUAUUAAAUAGGAAAUGGCUUCUGGCUUAUGCCAUUGUCAUGUUUAUUUUUAUUUUUUAUACUUUCCUUUCUUUCUUAGAACUUAGAUGCUGUCAGCCAAUGUACAUCCCCAAACCAGACAGACAGACAAAAAAUUUUUUAUUGCUAAUGGUCUUUUCCAAAAACAACACAAAUAUAUAUUUUUGUUCCAAUGUGCAAUAAAUUCUAACCACUUCUAUGCAAGAUUUGGCUAAACUUCAUAACUGUUUCUUAGGAUUGAGAUGGGCAAGAGAGCUAUAAGGUCCCACUCGCUACCCCAAGUGCUCAUGCUAACGAUACCGUUAAGCUAUUAGAACAUAUUCAUGAGUCUUUUCUGAUAUCUGACCCUUUCCCUCCCCCCAGACCCGAUCCCAGCCCAGCAGGCUAUCUCCUCAGGCACACGCGGGCCUUGGUAUCUGACACCCAUCAGCCAGCUUCACAGGAAAGACGCCACCACCACUCUAUUUGAAGUUUCACUUUUUUUUUCUUCAGACUUUUCCCACCAUCUUUUUCCUCCCCACCGUCCCUCCACCCACCCACCACUCUCACUCACUCACCUGCCCUGCUCCACACUUCUUUGGUAGUAAAUGACACCAUCACCAGCAGUUUACACCCGCAGUUAACAGGCAUUGAACCGAGAGAAUCAGUGGUGACGUUUCUGUACGUCUUCACUGAGUGGGUAAGCGGCAACGCUUUGCCAAAUAUUAACGAAGCCAAUCAAAAAGCAGCAGCAGCCACAGUAUCACUGCACAUAUAUAUAUAUAUAGAUAUAUAAAUAUAAUAUAAAUAUUUAUUUUUUGUAGCCAGGUCCUUGGUGCAGUAUUUAUACUCCACAAUCCACCUUUAAAAAAGGACAAAAAGCAAAAAGACAUGCGUGAUGCUGUUCAUUUAAAAUGCAGAGCCAAAGCCACUGAGCAGCAGCAGACACAGUUGCUGGUUUGUGUGGAAAAACACUUUCCCCCUCUUUCCUUGAUCUCUUUGUUACUUAGGAUGAGGAGACUCCACAAUCUAAAGCAGAGGGCGAGAGCAGGAACAAACGGGGGUCAGCAUGUCCAACUCCCACCCCUCGCCGAAUGGGCCUCUUUUGGCACCAGAAGUUGACCUGGGAGAGUUAAAUAGAAACUCCCAAUCAAAGCCCCUGGAGCGACAGUGCCCAGAGUUCUUUUAUUUUCUGCCGCAACCAACGUAAACUUGUGCCAGACCAAUAGUGAGGAUUAGUGUAUUAGUGAAUGCAUGGGGGCCACCACUGCUCUAAAUGAGACAUGACAAAACAUACAUCACUACUAUCAGCCAAAAAAGGAAACAUAAUAAAAACGACCCUUUUUCCUGUACAAGGGAAGCCUGUCUUGCUGUGUGUUUGUUGCUUGACUAUCCCAAUUCUUGAGUCCUGGGAGGGGCCUGGGAACGGGGACCUUAGCACAUCCGGGGAAAGGAGAGGAAUGGGAGAGAGAUCAGGGUCUCUGGCCACGUUCUGGCUGAGAGGUAGAGAUUGGAGAGAGAAGCAAGGUCCUGACACCUGCCCACCCCCACCCCCACCCCCGCAUUCGCCCAUUGCAUGCCUCACACCUCCCUAGGCCGGUGCUUACAGGCCCAUGAAACCCCUUCCUCACCAGUUCAGCUGGCAGAGCCCCCAGGGAUGAUAUCAGCCAGCCCAGCUGGGCUGGCUUACUUCUGCCUUUUUCACCAGUUUGUGAAAAAAAUCUAACCCAGUGCCCCCCAAGCUCAGGCGUGCACGAUGCCCAGCAGCCUCCACUCUGCUAGCUAUGCUGGGCCUUGCCCUCCAUCACCCCACAGAUAAACCAGCGCACUAGGGCUGGUCUCCUUCACAUUUGUGCAGGGAUGAGGGGCCCCCCUCCGCUGCCCCUCACCCUGCCCUGCUUUGGGGACAUCCCUCUCUAGGCCAUGUCUCCCGAUCCAGAAACACUCUCAGGAGGAUUCUGAAGUGCCCACUCUCGUCUGCUCCAGUAGCUCCACUCUGGAGAGAAAUGGCUGGUAGGUCAGUCCCCAUCCUCCCCCGGUCCCCAGCCUCCAGGCCUACUGUGGAGGUGAGAUGGCCAUGGGUUACGACUUUGUGACUUGAGUCCUGGGCAUCUUCUGUAGCGAUGCCUCUUUCUUUUCUCAGAUGUUGCCCAAAGUUUUGCAAAAAGCUUCGUUCAUUUUCAGGUACCCCCACCCCCUAAAGAAUUGGCUGCAACGAACCAGCCAGGGGGACAGCAGGAGAGAAGAGGAAGUCGGGGUUGGGAGGGGACCAAGGUUUGCACAGAGUCUGCAUUGUGGCUUAGCUCUAUGCUUUCUUGGAUUCCCUUUUUAAGAUUACCAAGAUUUCCUCCAUUAAACGCUGCUGAGGCACCCCCUGCCCUUGUCCCCCACUACUGUUUGCUGUACAUAGAGGCUAAGGGGGGUGGGGUGGGGUGGGGUGGGUGUGCACUUGUGGUGUGUGUGUGAAGAAUGUAUAUAGGUAAAGGGGAGCGGGGUCCAGUGGUUCCAGAAAAGGGACAGAACUCCUGUGUUCCAUUCCCAGCUCGGCCGCUGGCUCGCUGUGUGGCCUUGGGCAAGUCACUUAACCUCUCUGUGCCUCAGUUUCCCCAUCUGUAAAAUGGGGAUAAUAAUACUGACCUACCUCACAGGGGUGUUGUGAGGCUUUAACUAAAUGUUGUGUAAAGUGUUUUGAGAUACAGAGGCAAAGGCACUAGGGAAGGGCGAAGUAUUAUUUGGACUUAAGGAAGAUGAAAUGGUACCAUAAAUGCUGCUAUUCUGAGAGCCAUUUUAAACUGCACUGCUCCAACCACUCCCGCUUCUCAUCACCAGGACAGCAGGUCGAGAAAAUAUCUUUCCUUUCACUUGCUUCUGGGGUUUGUGAUUAUUCUAAACACUUAAUUUUUUUCCCUUGCUGUAUCUCCUCCCCUCACCGCCUCAACUUGUUCCCUGUUCCGUUUAUGCGGAAAUGGCAGAAAUGCUUGAGAAAUGAGAAUGUGUAAGUGGGUUGGAAGUUUAUAGUCUGAAAUUUCAAUUUUACUUUGUACUGUACAUCUUUUUACUUUAGAAUUUGCAAUAAAGGGUUACGUCAAUCUUGUUUUCAACUCUC